CGGUUUGCCGCCGCUUUUCUAUCAGCUGACCGGGACCGUAGCUGACAUGCGCUCUGCAGCUGCAAGUGCAUUCAUCUUUGCAUCAUCGAUUUUGUUUGUUGACUGUUUUGGUCGCUGCACCGCCAUCUGCGACCGCGGGCCAAUAGUCUCUGCGUAUAUUCGACGUUUUCGCCUCCUCCCGUUCACACAACACACCAAACAUUUAAAUUCUCGCAGAUCGUCAACUCUCGGCCUCACGUACGGUCGUUCUGUCAGCUGUUUUCCACUUUCGUUGUGCGAACUUGACAUUCGUUCGAAAACGAAAAACGCAGAUUCAUUACGUUGCGUUGGUAUUUUCUAAUUUUCGUGACCAAAUAAAUCGCAGAAGAAAACCGAAAGGAGUUUCACAUGGUUUGUGUUUCCAAAAGUGGGUAAUAAAUUAGUGAAUAAGUGUAGAAUAGGGUUGAACCACUGCCACCGGAAGAGUGCGCCGAAGAAGAUGAAUGAAGCCGAGGCGCUCAACAUCAAUGAAUUGCCGUUCGAGAUACUGUGCGAUGUGUUCGACUACUUGGCGCUGGCGGACGUAAAAACUGCUGCCGCCGUGUGUCGCCGAUGGCAUCAGAUAAUUUUCUCCGAACUGUACAUAAAACGCUUCAAAUUGGUCCUCAAUCUGAACGAACUGCUACCUCAGCUCAAAGGGAUGCUCCAGACGUUGGAGAAAUCCGAUCGGGAGUACUACACCAUCAUUUUGAAAAUCAAUCUCGGCCAUCCGCUGACCGAUGCUCGCCUUAGGAUCCUAAAGUUUGUGAUUCGGAUGAUCUCGCAGUGCUCCGAUUCGCUUUACUUCAACAUGGCCGAUUUACGCUUGGAGUCAUGCGUUUCUCAGAUGUCGUUGCGUAGCCGUAAGCUCCAAUUGAUCGACACUCGCGCCAAAUACAUCCCACUGGGCAUGGGCCUAAAGGAAGCAAUGCUUGCUGCAAUCUGCGAGUUUGCCCCCGAUCUAGUAGACCUAGUUAUAGCCGAAAUGAACAUCAACAACCCGAAAGCAUUGGAAAAGCUAUCUUCGCUGACACAAUUAAAGCUGCUACUCAUCAGCGAUUACUACCCGUACGGUAAACCACUGACCCCGCCAAUCAUCCUCCCGAACCUGGAAAAUCUCUCACUCAUCAACGUGACCGACGACGCCAAUUACUUCUUCAAAGCGGACCACCUCAAACGGUUCUUCAUCCACACCAACGGGACGGAUGCCGCCAAAACAAUGCAAUCCACGGCGGACAACAUGAGCAGCGAUAUCAGUCGUCUGUGUGUUCACUUUAGCGCACGAUCCAUCAUGGCAGAUCAGCUUUUCGAACAGCUUCAGCGCUUUCCUCACCUGACGGCGUUCGAGCUGGGCGGAGUCGCCGUGCCGGCGGAUGUUUUAAAAUCGCUCAAUCCAAGCAACCGGCUGCACAAAUUGAUCUUCGUUCAGUGUCACAUGGAAAGUUUAUUUCUAAUCGAUCUCAAGGCAAAGCUGGAGUGCCUCAGACAGCUGGUGUUCGAUUCGUGUUUUCUGUACCAAGCGAAUGAGGGAUUUCGACGGAUUGAAUAUCACGAUCUGGAACCGCUGCGGCGGGCGAUGCCCGAUUGUCAGGUGGUGUUGGAUUACGAUUAGAUGAGUACAGUUGACGAAUGCCAAUCAGUGCAAUUACUUAGUGAUAAUGUCGGAGAAAGACAAACAUAUUUAAUAGGUAAUAUCAGAAUAGAAUAUUGGCUUGUUUGUUGAUAGGAUAAAUUCGAAGUUUAUGAUAUGUUAAUAUUUAACUGAAUUGUUGAACAAUAAAUAGCAGAAUAUGGACUUUUAAUAACUCACUAACUACGUAAAAUUGUAGCGCCGUCUCUUUUGUCGCAAGAAAAUAUAACAAAAAGUGCGUAGAAUAUUUUGGGGACAAAGAGAUUAUGCUCUCUAUUUUACUCAGUCGGUGAGUAGAUAAGAGUUGGGGUGCACCAAUCU